CUCCUCCGGACUCGCUGAAGACGCCCUUAGCAACAACACACCGCUCGGUCAGAAUAAGAUACUCUCGCCACUCUCUGGACGGAAGAGCGCUGCCUUCAGCUGAAGAAGUCAUUUUUUUUUUAUAUAUGCAAAGAAGAGGACCCUCCGCUUUGCUUUCUGCUGCGGACAUGGAGCGUGUGUGCGGCUCGCCCGGUUAUUUGACCAGCCUGCCCUGAAGAAGAGCGAAAGCGGCACCGAGCUGUCCCGAACGAGGACGAAUCUCAGGGGGGAAGAGGGGGGGCUCAGCGAGUGGCGGCGUCGCUUUUUCUUUCCCUGCUAACCACCGAGUCAGCUAACUGGGACGGGAAUGCUGCUCUGGACCGACCCUUUGUCCUGUCAGAGAAAGGCGAGGGGUGCGAGGGCCGAGGCAGCCAGCUGUGAUAUUCGGACUCCGGCUGUUUUCAACGGAGGGAGCGGCUCCGGUCCGGACGGGUGUUUUUGUGGCUUGUCUGAGAGCUAGCUGGGCUGGCUAGCUGCGGCUAACGACCCCCCCCCCACUGCCCGUUAAAAGUCCCCCCAGGCUGCAGCCGAGGCUAAUGUUAGCCACAAGUAUAAAUACAGCGAUUAUAACAGAAAAAAGGGGAAUUGCUGUUAAAGCCACAAUAAAUAGAUAAAGUAAAAUCCUCAAAGAAAAAAAAAGAAGAGAAAAGUUAAACAAAAACUUCAGUGGGGUUUACUUUCCAACACUAAAAAAAGACUUUUAACGCUACAUUUUUUUAGUUGCUAUUAGCUUGCUAGGUGAUAACAGUGUGGACGUGUUUUGUUUUAUUUUUAUUUCACCUGUUUUUCCGCCCCCCUUUGGAUGCUGGGAUCAAGUUCUGAUCGCAACUAUGAUGAUAAUAAGCAGGAAACCCGAAGGCCCGAUAGCAACAGUACGUCACGGCGACGGCCUGUACGACUCCUACAUGAGGACAGACCACAUCCUAAAAGAGGAGGCGGACACGAACAGCCCCUCCGGCCUGCCCCCGAUGCCCAAACACGCGGUUGUCGGUAACAAGGUCGUGAUGAGGGAUCAGGUGAGAAGCGGCCAGCUGAAGGUCAAGUACCUGUAUGAAGACUCGAGCAACAACCGAAAGAUCAACGCUAUAACCACGGCGGUCAUCCAGAACACGGGGAGCAGCGGCCAGACGCCCACUAAAACUGCGGUCUCCACUCUGUCCAAGGAGCACAGCGUGGACAGCACGGAUUCGAGUAAGGGCUCGAGCGAAUCGUCUGGCUCCCAAGGAGCCGCAAACGGCGGCAAACUGUGCAGCGCGCUCAGCCCCGAGCAGGCUCUGAGGCUCUACCGGUCCCAGCUCACCGCCCUGGAGCACACGGAGAUCCACUCCUACCCAGACGUCUACUUUGUGGGACCCAACGCGAGGAAAAGGCCGGUCGUUGCCGGAGGAAACAACAACUGCGGCUACGACGACGAGCAGGGGGGUUACAUUCAUGUUCCCCAUGACCACCUGGCUUACCGAUACGAGUUCCUGAAGAUAAUCGGUAAGGGUAGCUUUGGACAGGUGGCCAAGGUUUACGACCACAAACUGCAGCAGCACCUGGCUCUGAAGAUGGUGCGCAACGAGAAGCGCUUCCACCGGCAGGCGCAGGAGGAGAUCCGCAUCCUGGAGCACCUGCGCAAACAGGACCGCAGCGGCGCCAUGAACGUGGUGCACAUGCUGGAGAACUUCACCUUCCGCAACCACAUCUGCAUGACCUUCGAGCUGCUGAGCAUGAACCUGUACGAGCUCAUCAAGCGCAACAAGUUCCAGGGCUUCAGCUUGCCGCUGGUCCGGAAGUUUGCGCACUCCAUCCUGCAGUGCCUGGAGGCGCUGCACAGGCACCGCAUCAUCCACUGUGACCUGAAGCCCGAGAACAUCCUGCUCAAGCAGCAGGGCCGCAGCGGCAUCAAGGUGAUCGACUUUGGCUCCAGCUGCUUCGAGCACCAGCGGGUCUACACCUACAUCCAGUCUCGCUUCUACCGCGCCCCGGAGGUGAUCCUGGGCUCGCGCUACGGCCUCCCCAUCGACAUGUGGAGCUUCGGCUGCAUCCUGGCGGAGCUGCUGACGGGCUACCCGCUGUUCCCCGGCGAGGACGAGGGCGACCAGCUGGCCUGCGUCAUGGAGCUGCUCGGCAUGCCGCCGCAGAAGUUGCUGGAUCAGGCCAAGAGGGCGAAGAACUUCAUCAAUUCCAAGGGCCACCCGCGCUACUGCGGCGUCAACACCCUGCCGACCGGCGCCACCGUGCUGAUGGGGUCCCGUUCGCGCCGCGGCAAGAUGAGAGGCCCCCCGGCGAGCAAGGACUGGAGCGCGGCGCUGAAAGGCUGCGAGGACCCCGCCUUUACUGACUUCAUCAAGAAGUGUCUGGACUGGGACCCCUCGUCCCGCCUCACGCCCAGCCAGGCCCUCAGGCACCCCUGGUUGUACCGCCGGCUUCCCAAGCCCCUCCCCGGGACAGAGAAGGGCCAGGGGGCCGCCGUGAAGCACCACGGCACCCCCCUGCCCUCCAUCGGGACCAGGGGGGGGCCCGGCCUGGGCACGGCCGCCCCCAGCAACAAACUCAAGGGCAACAUGAUCGGAGAUUCAGGGGAGGCCCUACCUCUUCGCACAGUCCUUCCUAAGCUUGUCUCGUAAUAAAAGGGGAGAGAGGACCCCCUCCUCCGCCACGUCCUCCCUCCAGCCACUCCUCAGGAGGAGCGAGAGACGGAGAGACGUGGUUUUAAAACCCGUUUGGUUCUUUUUAUUUGUUUUUUUUCUGCCGAGGUGUCGACACCCCCGGUUUCUGGUUUUAACGUUAGCGAAACAGCGAUGAAAAAAAAGAAAGAUUUACAUAGAGGUUUUUAUACAGAGGAUUCCCUUUUAACGGCUGUGAAUUGUUUUUUGGUUUACAGCCAGUUGAUGAGGUUUGAUUUUUAGACGCUUGUUAAAAAAAAAAAAAAAAGAAGACAACUUGUGAGUGGACAGGUUUUUGUUCGUUACAGAGAAAAUGUUUUUAAACCUCUGCUUGAUCAAACACACUCGAGUACACCUGCACUGUCACUUGGCUCGCUUCACGCAGGACACCGCCAUCUUGUUUUUUUUUUGUUUUGUUUGUUUUUGUUUUCAUUUACACGUGCAAAACUUGAAAAGGGCUAUAGAGAUUACUCCUAAUAGGGUAGAGUUAGCUGGGAAGAAUGGUGCCGAUGUAAGUGGAUGGAAAAGAGGAAUACGACCCAAAUGUAAAUCUACGCUCGUAGCAUAAACGUCUUUAAAAGAGACGAGACAGGACUGGCUUCAUCUGUAGUCAAUUAAUUACUAAAGAACCCAACACCGUGCAAAACUAUUCACCCCGCCAGGAGGUUUUCUCGCUUUGUCACGUUGCAACCUGAAUCCGCUUCAGGCUUCUCAGCAACCUCCGUCUGUCUUCAUGAUGGCGGGGUUUCUUUUUCCAGCGUUGCCCGUUAUUUAGGCUGGGGAAUGGUCGCCCGGCCAGAAUAGACCGAGCCGACCCGGAGCACUUCUGCCCCGUAUAUUUUGCUCCGUCCUUCUAACCAUAAACGCUGACUGGCCUUUUCUGUUCCGGCUGAACUCCAGCGUUCCCACACCAUGAUGGUCCCACCACCUCGUUUCCCCCCAUGGUGUGCCGGAUUCACGCCUCUAACGCAGUUCACUCACGAGCCGCUGUCUGAACAGGAUUGGCUUUAUUGGAGAAGUGGAUGCAAAAGGCUUUUAUUGAGGGGCGUCGCAGUAAAAUGGGGGGAUGUAGAAAACCCUGGAUUUGUGGUUGUAACGUGUCAGAGCGUCUUCGGCGUUCACUGAAUAGUUUUCCAGGGCUCCUUUUUCUUCCUGCCUGUCCUGUCGCCUUAAGGACGUCAGCCCAGAGUGUGACGUUUAUGGGGGGAGAACCCAUCUCCAGUGUCUCCUCCCAGCCUCGCCACGCCCGGUGGAGAGGAUGGCAGCAGGUGUCCCAGUCGGCGCUUUGCGGCUGGUUUUUACGAGAGGUCGCGGUGUGAGGCCGGCUCACGUAGCCCGGUUUAAAAAAAAAAUUAUGGAGGCAGAGCCGGAGCAGCGCGCACAGGAACGUGGGAUCCGCUCGGCCUGUGAUUGGCUGACGGGGCGAGGUGGGAAAUACUGCGAGGUGGCCUGAAGAGCCGUGUGUUUCAGAUGAGCCCAGAUGUAAAAAGGCAGGCCAGCGAUGAAGUCGGACUAUUAAGGUACUGGAGACGACGACGUGUUUCUCAGGGAGACAUACUUGAUGCAUCCUCGUCACUCACUGCGCUCCGCAUGCCGCGGUUCACCGCCGCAGCAGCGGGCCCAACGCGCACGCAGGGCGGUCCACAGAGAGACCUCAUUUAGGAUUUUCAGAGUGGAGGGCGGGCCGGGUGCCUGCGCGUCAACCUGACCUAGAUUGAAGCGGAUGACCCCCCCACCCCCUCUCCAGCUAUCUCCUCUCUCUGCGCUGUCUCCUGUAGGGCAGGGAACCUCUGUGACGCAGGCAGACGCUGCAGCUCGGUGCUGUCCGCACACAGAGCCCCGUCGGGUGCGUGUUGAUUGUGGACCACACUGUUUUAAAAAGAAAGACAAUUGUGUCUCUCAGCCCUCGUUUUUUUUAAGCGACUCUGUCAGGGAUUUGUACUACUCUGUUUAUUUUUAUUUUUUUUUUAGAAGUGGUUUCUAAUUGCUUUUCACAAGAGAUUAUCAAGAGGACGUGGAAGCCUGACGGCAGGAAGAGAGCCGCGGACGUGUCGUGCUUAGAGGCGUUUGUGGUGUUCAGCAUGAGAUCACAACCUGCUAUCAAGACUGAGUGACUAUGAGAUGAAAAGAGAAAUGUACAGUAACCAAAUGAAGUUGUGAUAGUUUCCUUUUCUACAAAAAAAAUAAAAUUGUUCAGUGAA